GCUUGACUUCCUGUUGCCGUUCAGUCUGACAUCGACAGCAUGCCCACGUUACUCCAGGACUGCCUAAGGAGAGUCACUCCCAGCUGUGUGUGGAAGCUAGGCUAACAAGCUGAGCAAACUUGGCGCCCUCGGAAGCGGAAGAAGCGUGCGCGCGGCGGUCCUCCCCCCCGCCUGGAACCUUGUGAAGCGGCAUGCAGGCGACGGGCACCGGAGCAGCUGACACGGAGGCUGCCGUCAACACGAGCGGCGGCGCAGAGGAGAGGAUGGAGAGGACGCCACCGGGCGAGCUGCAGCAUCGCACCGACGACCAGCAGCGGCAGGGAGCGUCCUCGGUGGCGUUCGGCGUGCUGGAUAAAUUAUUUGGGAAGAGGCUUCUGCAGGCCAGACACUACAUAUUGUCUCGGAAGUCCUGGCUGAAGAUGGUUCCCACUGAGAACUGUGACAUCCUGAUGACAUUCCCAGAUUCAAUGGAUGACCACACGCUACUGUGGCUCCUGAAUCAGAUCCGUCUCGGGGUGCCACAAGUCAGUAUUCAAGUUCGACAGCAUAAACAUACCCAGGCCUACGCUUUCUUCAUCACCACCACAUUUGAGAACUUACUGCAGGGAGCGGAGCAGAUGAGUAUGCACAAGGCCGUCAAGCCACAAUUUGGAGGCGGGAUGCGUCGCUUCUCCUGUGAAGAAGACAACAUCUACGAGAACAUCGAGAGCGAGCUCUGCUUUUUCACCUCACAGGAGCGCCAGAGCAUCAUUAAGUACUGGCUGGACAAUCUACGAGCCAGGCAGGGGGAGGUGCUUCACAACAUUCACUUCCUGGAGGGGCAACCCAUUAUUCCGGAGCUGGUGACUCGGGGUGUGAUCCAUCAGAUGUUUCCUCUCCACGAGCAGAGGAUCCUGAAUCAGCUGAUGACCUCCUGGGUGCAGGCUGUUUGCGAGAGGCAGCCGCUGGAUGACAUCUGUGACUACUUCGGAGUGAAGAUCGGCAUGUAUUUUGCCUGGCUGGGUUUCUACACCAGCUCCAUGCUUUACCCCGCUGUCAUCGGCUUCCUCCUGUGGAUCCUGGCGGAGGCCGACCAGACCAGUCAGGACAUCUGCUGUGUCGUCUUCGCUCUCUUCAACGUCGUGUGGGCGACGUUGUUCCUGGAGCGCUGGAAGAGGCGAGAAGCUGAGCUGGCCUACAGGUGGGGCACUCUCGAUACCCCUGCCGAGUCCUUGGAGGAGCCAAGGCCACAGUUCAGAGGUGUGAAGCGCUGCAGUCCCAUAACAGGCUGUGAAGAGUUCUACUAUCCUCCAUGGAAGCGGACUGUGUUCAGAUGGCUGGUCAGCCUUCCCAUCUGCCUGCUCUGUCUCUGCUUCGUCUUCCUCGUCAUGCUCCUCUGCCUGGAACUGCAGGAAGUGGUUAUGGAGGUUCAGGAGCUACCUGGCAUCACGAGAUUUGUUCCUAAAAUACUGCUGGCCAUUACUGUCACCGUAUGUGAUGAAGUUUACAAGAAGAUUGCCUACUGGCUCAAUGACAUGGAGAAUUAUCGACUGCAGAGUGCCUAUGACAAUAAUCUCAUCAUCAAGAUCGUUUUUUUUGAAUUUAUCAAUUCUUACCUAAGUCUUUUCUACAUUGGAUUCUACCUCAAGGAUAUGGAGCGACUAAAGGAGAUGCUCGCCACACUACUGAUUUUCCGCCAAUUCCUCCAGAACAUCAAGGAGGUCCUCCAGCCCUACAUCUAUGAACAAAACAAACUGGGUGUCUUCACCCCCAAGGUGCUGUGGGAGCUCCUCCAGGCCAUAAUGCUCAAGUAUGGCCGCUUGGUUCUGGGAAAGGCCCAGGCGUCAAUGACCGCCUACGCCUUCCUGGGCCCCAGAGGACUCGCAGUCAGCGGCGCUGCGGACGCCGGCGCACGUCCGAUGACAAGAGGGGAUCUGAAAGCCGGGUUCAGGCUGACAGAAGAAGAGUGGGACAUGACCGACGGCGCUCUGAAGCAAAGGAAGGUCAGCUUCACAGAGAAGGUGGACUACAAGGACGUCGCGGCGGAGUCGCAGACGGCCGAUGAUACCUUCCCUGAGGACAGUCCCACUAUGGUGGAGGACGGCAUGGACCCAUGCAGCAUUUUUGACAGUUGUGAUGAGGACAGUGACCUAGAAACUGGAGCUCAGGAGGCGAAAGAGAAUACCAGCCUGCCCUCGUCACUAGACUCAAACGGGGUCCGUCACAGAAGGAAAACCCCGGACGAGGCCCGGGAGGACAAGAAGUCCUGGAUUGAUCCGCCGGAAGAAAGCAAAACCGUCACCUUGACUCAGGCCGAGAUUGAAAGCUGUAUGCAGACGUACGAGGACACGCUUCAGGACUACCAGGAGAUGUUCAUACAGUUUGGCUACGUGGUGCUCUUCUCCUCCGCAUUCCCCCUGGCGGCAAUGUGCGCGCUAAUCAACAACAUCAUCGAGAUCCGCAGCGAUGGCCUCAAGCUCUGUACGGGCCUGCAGAGACCCUUCGGCCAGAGGGUGGAGAACAUUGGACAGUGGCAGACUGCAAUGGAGGCCAUGGGCUUGAUCGCCAUCCUUGUCAACUGUUACCUGAUUGGUCAGUGCGGUCAGCUGCAGCGUCUCUUCCCGUGGUUGAGUCCCGAGAUGACCAUCGUGUCCAUUGUCUUACUGGAGCACUUUGCCAUCCUCCUAAAGUACGUCAUCCAUGUUGCCAUCCCUGAUAUCCCUGGUUGGGUAGCAGAAGAGAUGGCCAAGCUAGAAUACCGACGAAGGGAAGCUUUCAAGAGGCAUGAGCUUCAGGCCCAGCAGCAUUUUCAGCAACAGCUCAGACGUCGCCGCGAGGAAGAGGAACUCCAGCGACAGGCGGAGCUUCAGGCAGAGGCCCGCCAGGAGAGCGACUACCACAAGUCCGAGGGCCAUCACCAGCACCACCACGAGAAAACGGCGGGGGGCAAGCCGAAGAGACCCAGCUCCCUGCUGGGGACCAACAACGUGAUGAAGCUGAAGCAGAUCAUCCCUCUCCAGGGGAAGUUCUCCUCCUCACGCUCCCCGGCCCAGUCGCCCACCGGCGGCGAGGCCAAGCUCGCCGGAUUCCUCAAGUUCCUCAAGUCGCCGGAGGCGAAAAAGGAGCCGUCGGCGGCCGUCGGGGGGUCGCCGGGAUCCAUAGCGACAUCCCCGGUGCCCCCCGGCGGCCAGGAGCGCUCACAGUCGCCCAACAGGACAUUCAGUCCAGGUAAGCUGUUCAGCUUCAGCAAGUCCGAGGGCAGCGUGGUGUGCGCUAACGGGACUCAGGCCGUCACCUGUCAGGAGGAGUUACCCUCAAAUGAGUCCGAUAAAGGGGAUCCCGAUUCAGAAAACUCGGGAUCAAAAUGUUGAUGCCAAAUUAUGCAGUCAAUCUGCCUUAAUUUGAGUUGUUUUUUUUCCAUGUUUAAAGUGUACUUCCUAUCUUAGGUCUUAUUUUGUAGUUACACUUCCGGUUUGCCCCGCACCUGCUUUGUGUUAGCGAGAUUGUCAUGUUGGGGUGUACUUUGCCGACGCCAGCUCUGCUACACACGUAUUUGUUAACUUUUUAGCCAGUUUAGUUUUAGUUUCCUUUUCAGCUUCAGUGCCUUUUCCUAGUGGCACUCACCUUUUGUUUAUUUUUAGUUUAAAGUAAACUGUGUUUUGUUUUGUUUUGUUUUGUUUUUUGCCUGGCGUUCACAAUUAUUUUGCACUUCCAGGAAAAAUCUAAAUCUCUCUUAACCCCCUUAAAAAAACAUCCAAACACCUCCAUUAAAGGCCUACAGAAACCCACUACUACCGACUACUCAGUCUGAUAGUUUAUAUAUCAAUGAUGAAAUAUUAACAUUGCAACACAUGCCAAUACGGCCUUUUUAGCUUACUUAAUUGCGAUUUUAAAUUUUGCACCGAAAUAUCCUGCUGAAACGUCUCGGUAUGAUGACGCGUGCGUGUGACGUCACGGAUUGUAGAGGACAUUUUGUUCCAGCAUCAUUCCCAGCUAUUAAGUCGUCUGUUUUCAUCGCAAAAUUCCACAGUAUCCUGGAGAUCUGUGUUGCUGAAUCUUUUGCAAUUUUUUCACUGAACAAUGGAGACAUCAAAGAAGAAAGCUGUAGGCGGGAAGCGGUGUAUUGCGGCUGGCUUUAGCAACACAAACACAGCCGGUGUUUCAUUGUUUACAUUCCUGAAAGAUGACAGUCAAGGUUUAGUGAAUUAUAGUGAAGUGAAUGAUAUUUAUAUAGCGCUUUUCUCAAGUGACUCAAAGCGCUUUACAUAGUGACACCCAACAUCUAAGUUACAUUUAAACCUUUGUGGGUGGCACUGGGAGCAGGUGGGUAAAGUGUCUUGCCCAAGGACACAACGGCAGUAACUAGGAUGGCACAAGCGGGAAUCGAACCUGCAACCCUCAAAUUGCUGGCACGGCCACUCUACCAACCGAGCUAUGCCGCCGUUUACUAUGGAACAGAGAUGUCAAGCGAACACGGUUGGAUUGGACCACACACACAAAGUACAGUGUAUUUGUAAAAAACAUUUUACCAUUCUGAAGGCGAUUUAUGUCGUGUGCUACUCCAGCAUCAAUAUGCGUCCUCCUGACCAUCACCGUCAGCGUCGGGUUCAAAGCGGUAUGGCUUUAUCCAUUGUUGCGGUUGUGCCUGGCCGAGUAGUCCUGCCACCCCCACGGCUGCCACUGCGCCUCUCACAGCACCUUCCCUCUCUGAAUCGCUCCCACUGCCCUCUUGUCUUUUCUUUUUCUUUUUCUUUUUUUUUCCUAGUCCUUCACUCUCAUUUUCCUCAUCCAUGAAUCUUUCAUCCUCGCUCAAAUUAAUGGGGAAAUCGUCGCUUUCUCGGUCCCUAUCGCUCUCGCUGCUUGUGGCCAUGAUUGUAAACAAUGUUCAGAUGUGAGGAGCUCCACAACCCGUGACGUCACGCACACAUCGUCUGCUACUUCCGGUACAGGCAAGGCUUUUUUAUUAGCGACCAAAAGUUGCGAACUUUAUCGUCGAUGUUCUCUACUAAAUCCUUUCAGCAAAAAUAUGGCAAUAUCGCAAAAUGAUCAAGUAUGACACAUAGAAUGGACCUGCUAUCCCCGUUUGAAUAAGAAAAUCGCAUCUCAGUAGGCCUUUAAGGUUUUAUAUACAUGAUGCAAGUUAAUAUGUAAUGCUGUAACAUUUAAUAUUUACGUAUUUUGAUCAUUUUAAGCAUUCAUUUAAAAAAACGCAUCACAUUUGCACUUUUUUGUUUCUACAUCACUGAUUAUUACUCACUGCAGGCUUCAUGAGAGCCGACAAACAUAAUAAAACAUCACUUACUGUACAAUGUCUGUUGUCGUUAGGAAGCCGACAACUAGGAUGUUCAUAUAAAAUCACAAAGAAAAGGGGGUGGAGGGACCAAGCGUCUUUUCAUGUCCUCGCCAGUUCCAGGUUCAAAAAAGACUGUCAAAGUAUCCCAAAUUGUUGGAAUACCUACUCAGACUUAUACUUUCCAGGUGAGAGGCAUGAUUUAUGAUCUAGAAUAAACUUUCAGGGAGCAGGGAAACAGCAGGCCACUUGAUGAUGUAAACAUAAGCACACAGGAAGUAAUAAUUUCACCAUUAUAAAAUAGUUUGUCUGCGUUAGCACUUAUAAUAACAAAAUCACUAAUAUUUAUUAGUCAAGUCACCAAAUGUUAAAGGAAUAUUGUUGGCGCUUUUUGAAUGGUUAUUUAUUGGAUUUUAUGGGCGGAAUAGUGGAGCUCCCGUUGGCUCGGCUGUAAAUUGACUUUUAUACAUUUAUUUACGUUUAAUAUUUACAAUGUGGUAAAUAGGUUGUACUUGUUUAGCGCUUUUUUACCUUUAAGGUACUCAAAGCGCUUUGACACUAUUUCAAGUUAAAGUACAAAUGAUUGUUUACACACACUAGGUGUGGUGAAAUUAUUCUCUGCAUUUGACCCAUCAAUGUUGAUCACCCCCUGGGAGGUGAGGGGAGUAAUGAGCAGCGGCGGUGGCCGCGCCCGGGAAUUAUUUUUGGUGAUUUAACCCCCAAUUCCAACCCUUGAUGCUAAGUGUCAAGCAGGGAGGGAAUGGGUCCCAUUUCCACAUUCACCUGUUCACACACUGAUGGCGGGAGCUGCCAUGCAAGGCGCUAACCACGACCCAUCAGGAGCAAGGGUGAAGUAUCUCGCUCAAGAACACAACGGAUGUGACUCGGUUGGUAGAAGCUGGGUAUCGAACUAGGAACCCACUCUCCCAACUGGCCAAUAAUGACUGUGAACGAUAGGCAAAACUCCCCCAAAAAAGUGCAGUUCCUCUUCAAAUAAAAAACAAACAAAAGGUGAGUGCUGUGAGGAAAAGGCACUGAAGCAUAGUGAGGGUAAUGCAAAACUGAACUGGCUACAAAGUCAACAAAACACAAGGUAGAAUAACGCUGUCCUCUGCAAAUUGGGCGCACGACCAACCAUCGAGUCCUUGGAGGGCGGCGUGGCCCGCGGGCCUGCAGCGAUGUAGGGUGUGCCAGGCGGGCCAUCUACGCACCCGCCGCUGACUUUGAGGUCGAUCCUGGCAAACCCGCUUCGCUGCAGGCCCGCAGGCCACGCCCCCCUCCACGGACUCGACGGUUGGUCGUGCUCCCAAUUUGCAGCGUUAUCGCUCGAAGGCAGGCGUGACAGUGCUGCAGGAAAGGGAUGUGAAAAUUACAAAAUAAGAGCGCGGUGACAGGAACUAAACUUUAAACAUAGACAAAUAACGCAAAAUGAGGCACGGCUGUGACAGACUUCCUUCUCCCGGACCACACGUGAGGUGAGCAUGAAACGCACCUUACUUUGCACAACUGAGUCCCACACUUCUAACAGCUUCCAUGUAAAUACGUGUACAGAACCUGUCUCUCUUUGAAUGUCACUUAUCCCCCCCCCCUCGAAUGAAUUAUUGCAUGACUCAAAAAGAGUAAAUAGCGGCUUUCCAUCCCAGGUUUGCUCGCGCCUUUUCUCAAAGCCGAUGCACACUGCGCACGUCUUCAUUUUGCACUUUAAAAAGCCAUCACAUUCUUCUGCAAUAGUACUCACUGUGACCAUGAAAGUAUUCUAUUUUUCUCAAAUUUGAUUUUUUUACUACAUGAAUUAGUGAAUGUAUCGAUGACGCAAAAGACUCCCGGUGGGAUAAAGUCCAAGACGUAACGUGGUGGAGAACUUUGUUGGCCGUUAAUAAACAUCACAGUUAAUCA